AUGGCGGAUGCUCGGAUGCAGACUGUGGUCCCCAACACCGAGACUGAGCUCUACUCCCUCGAACUGGAAGUUAUAUUUAAACGCAUGAGUAGUAGAACGACGAGCCUUCGAACUAUCGAUCGCAGUAUUCACAUGGAUAAGGAGGCACGAAGGCAGUUGCGAAAAGUUCUCGGCGGCUCGGAAGAGAGGACAAAACAGUUUCUGGCCGAGACCACAUCACCGGCCGGUUUCUUACUCUACCUCACCGAGAUUCUGGGGGAUCGGGGCAAGGCGCUGGCCCUGCUAGAGGAAGCCGCUGAGGGUUCCGUAACCGCCUACGACGAACUGCUACGCCUCCUGCCAGACACAGAGAAGCUGACAAAAAUUCUUUCCAGCUUCGAGGCAGCCAGCAAAGAGGCCAUCCUGAUAUUGGCACCGAAUGUUCUGCUGCUGCCUCAUGUGACACACCUCUUGCACGCUAUUCGGUUAUAUAACCUGGGUCGAGAUGACGUAGCGAGUCUGCUAGCCGGUAAAUGGACCCCAAUCGGCCAACCGGAUUCAAAGGAGUUCCGCUACACCGAGACCCUGCACUUGGGCCUGCAGGAGAUGACGGACUUUCUGACGGCUUUUAUGGCCAACGAUGUGGAUAAACUGCACGCGAUGGCCGCUGUCUUGCCGGCCAACUUGAAGCGGGUGAUGAAGGAGAACGAUAUUGCCGAAAGGUUUGGAAAACCAGAUCUUCUGCCGAACCUCAAUAAGAAGGUACAAAUAGUGGAUUUGUUGGAGAACCCAGUAGAAGCCGUGGCACUCUCCUGUUCCUUCAACCGGGAGAAUCUCUUCAAUGACUUUAAGGCGCCGAACUUGCCCACGCCCCUGGUUAACUACAUAGACGGGUUGCUAGCCAAUUGGAAAUGGCGCUGCGCCUGGGAGGCGCUCAAUGUCAUAAACAAGCGCGACCCUCCUGUUGACAUGAAACCAAUUGAGAGUCUCAUUAACCAUGCCGGGAAGCUAAUCAAUCUCAUGGAAGGCAACAUCCGCAGUACGGCUUCAAACCAGCUGGAACCCGAUGAGAUCACACAGAUUGUUCGUCAGGCCAUUUACGGUCAUCCGAACUACGUGCUGAAGUUGGAUGAACUUGUUGGAGCCAAGAAACGCGCCUUUUUUCUGCAUGGCAUCCACAAGACGCUGGGUCGCGUGCUGAUGAAACUGGUCCAUGUUAUCCUCUCCGGCGUCGACAUGAAGUCUAUUCAGGAGUUUUUGGCAGCUCUGGCCGACAUAGUUGUCAGUCCUAUAAUGAUGGCCUUUCUAAGCACUUGGCAGAACUUGGUUCGAAUGGUGGGCGGGACGUAUGGCUGCCAAAUCGAGAUGAGGCAGACCGAACGCGAGCGGGAGUUUGAGAUGGCACAGGAGCUAAUUAAUUUGCUCACUGAAGUUAAGUCUCGCCUGAGUUUGGUGCAACUGACGGCCCCCAAGUCGUCAUCCAUAAUCACGAAGCAGUGGGGUCAACAGGCAAUUCCUUUGAGGAAUGAGGACUCUGUGGCUGCAGGCGAGUGA